UUCAUUCUAUUCUCGGAUCUUUUUUUGACUGAUGUUGUCGCACAAGGAUGCUGGAGGACCCGUCGUACGCGGAGAUUGUGCGGUGGGGUGAUGAUGGUGAUAGUUUCGUCGUUUUAGAGUGCGAGAAAUUCACCAAAACAAUUCUUCCGAAACAUUUCAAACACAGCAACUUUGCCAGUUUCGUACGACAACUGAAUAAAUACGACUUUCACAAAGUAAGGCAGAACAAUGAGGAGAAUGGACAGUCGCCGUACGGACAAAAUGCUUGGGAAUUCAAGCACCCUGAGUUUCGAGCGAACAGUAAAGAGUCCCUUGACAACAUCCGACGCAAGGCACCUGCACCGCGGAAGCAGGCGCAGGCUCAUGACGACUCUGUUCCCACUCAACAGAUUGACCUACUGAACCAGCAGAUUGUUGCGCAGCAACAGCAGAUCCAACAUAUAUCUGAUCGCUACGCCCAGAUGUCCGUUGACCAUCAGCUGAUGCUGCAAGAGGUGUUGAGGGUCCAGAAGACGGUCGUCAACCAUGAGAACGUUAUUCAUCAGCUGGUGAACUAUCUGGUUUCCAUCGACGCCCGCCAAAAGCGCGACAACAAAGCCGGUUCUUUCCAGGCUCAAGUUGGAGCAAGUCCUUCUCAAGUGACGCCCAUGGACGACGGAGUUUCCACGCCGUUGCAACAAGCAUCGAAACUCUUGAGCGACAUGAACGCCGAAGUACAAUUCAAUCUUGUUCCGGUUGAGUCUAUGGGCGAGCCGCCGAAGACUGGCGUUGUGUCCACACCUACUAUGGAAACCGCACCACGACGAGUUGCGCCUCAACCUGCUGCGGCGGCAACCAACCCGGCUUUGGUCUAUCCGAAGAUGAAUGGUGAGAUGGAACCUGUCGUCUAUCCCGUCGGCGCAACAAACGGAAUAGACCCGAUGUACGGCGAGCAUGUCAACAAUGUUCCCUACACAGUGCCCCCUAAGCAGGAUAUGGACGAUCGAAGACAGUUCCCUGAAAACAGGAAAAAGAGCAAUCAUGUUGACCCAGGCUGGAUGCGCAGCCCACGAAUUCUACUUGUCGAGGAUGACGCAACGUGUCGUCAAAUCGGCGGGAAGUUCCUUUAUUCUUUCUCUUGCGAAAUAGAUACAGCGCUUGAUGGUUUGGAAGCUGUGAACAAGGUUCAAGACGGCUCCAAAUACGACCUGAUUCUUAUGGACAUUAUAAUGCCCAAUCUGGAUGGAGUUUCUGCAUGUCAUCUCAUUCGUCAAUUUGAUCGGACGCCUAUCAUUGCUAUGACAUCCAACAUCCGAAGCGAUGAUAUUCAGCUUUACUUCCAGCAUGGAAUGGAUGAUGUCCUUCCAAAGCCGUUCACGCGGAAAAGUCUUUUGGAAAUGCUAGAGAAACAUCUAGUUCACCUCAAAACUGUUCCACAGGGAAUGGAAGGUCAUCAAGCUACGACGCCGGUAACAAUCGCGGGCCAAAGCUCGGCUGCGCAGUCGGUCACCAUCAAGGAAGAUACAUCCUCCCCCAGCCAGUCCCCCGCAGCCGCCAUGACUGCCUGGCAAUCCCCGAAUCAGUUUCAACCCAUGGCUGCAGUUCCUGCCAAUCUUCAGCAGGUUCAAGGCCAAUAUGUUCCAGCAAACCCAGCGACAACCGCCUAUGCUAUGGAUCAGAAUGGUAUGCAAUAUCCAGCACCGCCUACGUGCGACCGCAGCCACGUCGGCACAUCUCUGAAUUAG